AUGACUGCGACGCGCAGCGACGCGCCCGAAGUGCGCGAGUCCAUCGAGGCCAAGGUUACUGACGAUGUCGAAAUGACCGACGCCCCCACGGCCACCUCUACCGGAUCUGUUCCCAAUAUUGUUGAAUCGGUACCGACUGCUGCGAAACCUGAUGUUUCUGAGAAAAUGGAUCUCGAUGCCGACGCCGACGCCGACGCCGAUGCAGAAGGGGAGGUGGAUGCACCUGGAGAAGUUGACGCCAAUGCUCAUGUCGAUGCCAAUGCCGAUGCCGCCGCCGAUGCGGAUGCUGACGCCGACGCGGAUGGAGACCCCGAUGCCGACGGAGACCCUGACGACGACGCGGCUUCCCCGGCCGAGUCUGAACCCGGCGAUCUUUUAGAUAUCAUCUCGACACUCAACUCUUUCCUCAGUAACUAUAAGGACGAUGACGGGGAAUGGUGGGCUGCUAGCUUCCAGCGCAUUCCGAAUAAACGCCAGCUGCCCGACUAUUUUGAGAUUAUCGAGACCCCCAUUGCUUUCAGCACGAUUCGCCACAAAAUCGGCAAAAAGUUGUACACCGAGUUUCCCGAGUUCGUCCGCGACGUUGCCCAGAUCUGCCACAACGCCCAGGUCUACAACCGACCUUCUUCCGCCAUCUUCAAGGGCGCCACCAUAAUCAGGGACCUGUUCAAGAAAGAGUUGCAGAAACUCGUCACGAAGGGUACCAUCAAGCCCGAGGAGGCCGCGUUGCCAGACUUGGGCGAACUCCCGCCCGCCGACGAAUCCUCUCCUGAGCCCGAGUCUGAAGAAGAGGAAGAGGAGGAGGAAGAGGAGGAGGAGGAGGAGGAAGAGGAUGAUGAUUCCGAUGACGAUGGGAGAGGCCGCCGCAACAGGAGAAGAGGUCGGACUUCUCUCAACAGGCGUCAAACAGAUGAGGCCAGGGAGGACGAAGAGCAUAAGAAGCGCGGUCGUCCUCCCAAGGUCCUAACGCCCCUUGAAGCCCGUAUCAACAACGUCAUCAAAGGCCUCCGCAAGUUCAAGUCGGACGACGGCGACUUGCUCAUCGGUCCCUUUGAGAGGCUUCCGGAUAAGGCCAUGAACCCUGACUACUACCAGGUGAUUACGGAACCGAUUGCGCUGGAUAACAUAAAACGAAAGGCCAAGAGGAAGAAGUACCCGACAGUCGAUAGCGUUCUCAAGGACAUUGACCUCAUGUUCAACAACGCAAAACACUACAACGAGGAAGGCAGUGACAUCUUCGAAGCUGCUGUGGAGCUGCAGAAGCAAGCGCGGGAGCUCGUAGGCCAGGAGAAGGCCAGGUCUGACGACGAGUUUCGAGACGAAGACGGCAAACUACCGCUGGCCGAGAUCCAGUACAAUGGCCAGUCAUGGAGGGUUGGUGACUGGGUACAUAUUCGUAACGUCAACGACAUGGCCAAGCCCAUCGUCGCUCAGAUCUUCCGCACCUGGCAGGAUCGUGCCGGCCAGCGGUGGAUCAACGCCUGCUGGUAUUACCGGCCGGAGCAAACGGUGCACCGGUUUGAGAAGCAUUUUUUCGAGAACGAGGUGGCCAAGACGGGCCAGUACCGCGACCACCAGAUCGAAGAGGUGCUCGAUCGAUGCUUCGUCAUGUUCGUCACACGCUUCAACAAAGGUCGGCCACGCGGGCUGCCUGCGGACAAGGAAGUGUAUGUGUGCGAGUCGCGGUACAACGAGGCAACAUGCCGCUUCAACAAGAUCAAGACGUGGGCCAGUUGCGUGCCGGACGAGGUGCGAGAAAAGGAUUAUGAGAUGGAUCUGUUUGAUCAUCCCCGACGGCUCAAAAAAGUGCCCAGCCCGAUCAAGCACCUGCUGCAAGCCGACGCGAAGGAGACGGACGAGCUCCCGAAGCCGACUUGGGGAGCUCCAAACGCACCGCCUAUCAUUGGCGCCGUGCACCGACGACCGCGAGAAUCAAAUGAGUCUCCUCCGCCUGAGCCAACACCGUCUCCGCCCCCGGUUAUGAGUCAGGACGCGGCGCGACGCCCUUCGGUACUCCAAGCCAUGCGACAAACGCCCAGCGACAUGUCGAUGAACAACGCGCCGACGCCAUACGGGCACGGCAUGGGAGGUGCGCCGUCGCCGUCACCGGCCAUGUACGGCCAGCAAUACACGCCUCAGCACCCGUCUGCGUCUCCCGUCGCGGUGCCUCAUCAAACUCCAGUGCCGUUGCCCCAGAUCCCUCAUCAGGCGUCUCACUCUCCGCAACAGCCCAUCCGUCCGAUGUACCCGCAACAGGGAUUCGUGCCAAGCCCUUACCAACACCAGCAGCACCAGCAGCACCACCCGCAGCAUCCACCACAGCACCUUCCCCACCAGUUUCAGCACCAGCAACACCACCAGCCGCCGCCGCCUCCUCCUCCUCCUCCUCAGCAGUACCAGCACCACCAGCAGGCCCAAGCGCCGCCCGUCCCACAGCACCAUCAAAUGCACCCGCAAAUGAUGCCAGCAAACCCUUUAGGCCACAGCCAGACCUUCAACCACCAUCAAAUGCAGCCUCAGCCUCACCCAGCUGCAGCCCGCAACCCCAUGGCGUCCGGCUCCAACGGCAUGCCGCCAAACAACGCUUACAACCCGCCUCGGCCUCCCGAGGUUUUUGUUCUGCCGGACCACGUCAACGACCAGAUCCCCGAAGAGGUGCGCAGUCAGUACAACAGGGACGAGAACGGCAGAAUCAUUUUCUUCACCACACCGCCCGUCGCCCGUCCCGAGCAUGGCCUCGCCCCGGACCACGCCAAUACCGGCCACAGCCUCGCCUACCUUGCCAAGAGCAAUCCGGAAUGGCUGUCGGAGCGUACCAACCGCGCAAAGGCAUUCUCCGUCGCCAAGCAGAAGGAGUUGAAGACCAAAAUCGCCAUCGAUGAGAUGACAAAGGGCAAGACCCACGAUGAACUGCGCGACUGGGCAAGUGACGCCUGGGCUCUGUACUGGAAGAGCCAUGCCCAGGAGACGGCACGCAUGCUGCAAGUUGACGAUGUGGCGGGCCACGAACAGCUCGUGAAGGACCAGCGCACGACUCGAGCCAAAUCCCGGAAGGAACGCGAAGAGGAGGCCGAGAGGGCCGAAGAGGCCAAGAAGGCCAACUACCUGGAAAGCAUUUAUCACGCCCAUACCAGUAUGCGCCCAUCCAAGCCUCGCCAUGUUUGA